AUGUCUCCCCAACAGUUAAAAUUUGUUUCGAAUCAUGCUGAUAUUCUUGAUCACAUCAAAAUUGAAAUCAUUUAUAGCUACUUACUUCACGAAUAUUUGCUGAAAAAUCAAUUCUCUGAAGCUGAUAAAUCUCUUGUACGAAAAAUGACUUUAUAUGUUCAACGCUCUUCUACAAACAACACUUUUGCUAAUAGCAAAGACUAUAGGCUCAAAUUAUAUUCUAAACAACCAAAGGAAUGUUUCAUAUUGCUCUUCAAUAAUGAUAAAAAUUUUCCACAAGACAUCAAAGGAGUCGUAUUGCAUUAUAAACUAUUUCAUAUGAAGGCUUCCAAACCCAACACUGAAAACCCCAAAGCAGCGAAAAGUCAAAAUACUAAGGCCAGCAUAUUCACCAAAACGAAUAACAACUGCGCUGUGAAUAUGGAUGGUUCUAAAUCGAGCAAAGAUAAAAACAAUAUAAAGCACCACAUUGAAUUUGCUAAUGAAUUUUAUGGCAAUAUUCAUGCGAUCCACAAUGAUGACAUGAUUGGUGACAUUUUCGAUGCUGCUCUUGUUUGCGAUACCUUCAAUGCUGCCAAAGUUCUCACUCAAUGUCCUGAGCAACAAAAAAUUACAGCUAUUGAUUCACAGCGUGGUGCUGAAAUGUUCGAAGAUGUCAAUAGUAUUGAAACUGCAACGUUUCUGAACGGAAAAGCAGUAGGAUCUGCCGUUUAUGCUCUAAAUGGUGCAAAUUCUUCAUCAAUCUCAACCGGUACAAAUAGAUGGAGAUCAGAAGAUAAUCCCAAUGAUGAUGAAGGCCUCAGUGCCAUCAGCUCAGAUGAUGAAGAAAAAGACGCUGUCGAUGUUAAUCAGUUCAAUUCGAAGAAGACGCUGCAUCCAUAG